AUGCUGAAGACGGAGAAAACUUUGAACCGCGAAAUGGAAGAAAGAACAUCUAGGGAGGAAACCUUGGGAAACCUUGUCAUGACAAGACUACUGGACCGCAUUCAACAGGCAUCUCGCCACCCUCUGGAUCUUCAAUGCGGCUAUUGGGGGUUUCCUGAGAUGUUGGACCCUUCAUUAACUUUGAGAGUGCAGCAGGGACAGAUCAGCGCUGGGGAGGGCCAGGGGGGUCCCAAGGCAUCAGUACACUGCUCUGAAGACUCGAACUGCCAACAGACUUGA